CUUUUUUACUAAACACCGGAAGAUGGCGUGUACUUUCACUUUGCAAAAAUUUUAUUAUAUUUUGAUUUUGUGUAUAUUUGCAAGCAUCAUUAAUGGUGAAACAAAAGAUGAAAAUGUAAAAAAGCAAAAUGAAGAUAAAUGGAAGAAAAAAGACAUUCGAGAUUACUCUGAGGCUGAUCUGGAACGACUUUACGAUCAGUGGGAGGAUGCAGACGAGGACGAACUACCGGAAGAUGAAUUACCGGAGUGGAAACGAGAACCCCCGAAAGUGGACAUGUCCAAGUUGAACACUGCCGACCCAGAGGGCAUGCUGAAAGCUACAAAGAAAGGAAAGACUCUUAUGAUGUUUGCAUCUGUUUCUGGAAAUCCUACGCAAGACGAAACUGAAAAGGUGACACAAAUCUGGGCUGGAAGUCUUUUUAAUGCAAAUAUAGAAACUCAAAGGUACGUGGUAGGGGAGAAUCGUGUUAUCUUCAUGUUGAAGGAUGGAGCUAUGGCUUGGGAGGUUAAGGACUUUCUAGUCAAACAGGACCGAUGUGAAGAGGUGACAAUCGAGGGUAAAAGUUAUCCCGGAAAGGGUGCUUCAAAAGAUAAAAAGGAUUCAAAUAAAACCAAAGAUAAUAAAAAGGGCAAAAAGACAGAAAAAAGUAAAGGAAAGACCAAGUCAUCAGAUAAAAACGACAACAAAUCCAACAAUAAGAAGAAAACAGAAUUAUGAUGCCCAAGAUAUGAAUCUGAAGUAAAGUAUUAAAAUGAAGAAAAGUAAUUACAGAAAAGUGAAGCAGAGCAGGAAUUAAUUAUUGGUGCUAUAUUGAUAUAAAAUAUAUCAAAAAUUAAACUGCAAUAGAAAUAAUACCAUUUCCUCUUUUUGAGAUUCAUACAGGGCUUCCGUUAAUGGCAGUUUGGGAGUCAUUUACUCAUUGAUUUUAGCUUGUGACUUCAAAAAUAUAAUGCUUUUCCUUCUUUACCUAUAUAGUGUGACUUCCAAUGUCCUGACAUUUUGCAGUCUUUGAUUUUCAAAUUUUGGAACUCAGUGGAAGCCCUGUUCAUAUACAUGUAUGAAGGUUGCCAGAGGUAUUAUUUUUUCUUGAUUAAUAGACAGUAUUUUUCAGUUUCUGCUUCUUUGCAUCAGUGCUUUGAAAUGUCAACUUAUAUCAACAAAUUGCAAGAUGAACAACAUGUUUUCAGUGGAGUCUUUCCAAUGCCACCAUGAUUGUUGUUGAUAAUUCAUACGCUAACCAGGUGCUAAAU